AUGGCAAAUUCCGAGCGCACUAUGCCAUGCGAUCUCUGUAGUGCCCUGCUCGAGAUGUUUCAAGGGUUGCGAAAGGAGCCUAUCGAUAUCUCGACUUUCCAAUCGCAAGGCGCACUUCAAUGUAGCGAACACACAUUGCUGGUCCAGAAGUUCACAGAACACUGUCAGACGCCAUCGAGGCAUUAUAAUCGACCGGCCCCGAAGGACAUGGGAUUUCGCUGCGGACAGAGUCUUGGAGAGGUAACAAUGACUGAAUCGGUAGAGAAGCUGGGGGUGGUUUGGGAGCUCUUACUCUCCCCGAGUGCCAACGGCACAGAAGACUUCGCGAAAGGCGACAUACUGGACCCUGACUGGGUUGAUCUGACUAAAAUCAAGCAAUGGAAGUCUGAUUGUCUAACGUCACAUGGAAGCAGAUGCGACAACCCCAUGAGAAUCUGGAAGACUACACCAGCGUGGCUUGUGGACGUCGAACUGGAGUGCGUAGUUCCUGGAAAAGAACAAGUCAAUUUUGUUGCGUUGAGUUAUACAUACGGAGACCGUCUCGGUCUCAAGAUGGACGCAGAGCUUAGUGCGAGACUUCGAGAGACUCAUGCAUUCCAGAGCCCAGACAUAGCAUCGCGGAUCCCUCCCACGCUUGCACAUGCUAUGUUUGUAACGAAGAACCUAGAUGAACGAUAUCUAUGGGUGGACGCCUUGUGCAUAGGUCACGACAAUCCUACGGAAACUGCGCGUCAGCUUACAAUGAUGGGUUCGAUCUACGCCAGUGCUACACUGACCAUCAUCACUACCGACGGAGAUGCUAGAGAAGGCAUAUCGGGCUUGAACGGUAUAUCUGAAUCCAGAGCGUUGGAGCAGAAAGUCUUUCCAUUUGGAUCGCGCAAGAUUAUUGUUCGCAGCACCGACAUAUUUUCUCUAGUCCACGGAGGUACCCCAUACUUCUCGCGAGGAUGGACCUACCAAGAACAUCGGCUGGCAAAGAGAAAGCUGGUUUUCCUAAAAAAGUCAGCACACUGGGAGUGUCAGCACCGGCAGUCUCACGAAGACCUCACACCAGGUGCAGAGAUAGAAACGUACAUCGAGCCACGACUCGUGGAAAGCCUCGAUGGAUUUCCAGAAUUAAGCUCGGUAGGAAACAUUAUUGGCGACUACAACAACAAAAGCUUGCGAUACCCAGAAGAUGCCCUACCAGGAAUAACCGGUAUGCUAGCUGUGCUUAGUCGUUCUUUCCAGGGCGGCUUCCUUUUCGGCAUUCCGGAAAUGUUCUUCCAUCGAGCGCUUGCAUGGACCCCGAUCUGGUCGCAUAUAGAACUUGAGCGUCGAGAGCUAUCUGACCGACCAAGACAAGAUCAACUGCCAGCGGGCCAAUUGCCAUCAUGGUCAUGGGUUGGAUGGAAGGGAAUGGUGAAGCUUGGCGAAGAAGCGGCUAGGAUAAAUGAUAUAUGUGCCACUAUUGAGGAGACUUAUCCCAUGGUCGAGUGGUACACAGCUUCGUCGCCUACGACGAGCACGUCUGAACGUCGGCGCAUCCAUUCCAACUGGUAUGAGCACCGCGAAGAAUGGAAAAGUGGAACCAUAGAGUUACCUGGUUGGACAGCGGUAGAAAUGGAGAGCGAGGAAGGUACGUACAAGGGAGAGCCACGCAUCUUUCCAGCCGGUUGUGGAGGCCGUGUGUAUCGCCAUCAAAACAUGAUCCACAACAAGAACCACGGUCCAACCAACGAUUGGUACUUUCCGUUUCCAGUCCCAGAAAUCUCAAGCGCAACAGUGGCUUCAAUGCCCGAACAAACACCUUACUUGUUCAGUCGAACACAGCGGAGUUUUGUUCUUGGGCAAAAGCCUAGUGGAAACAGGGACGACACAGAUGAUGACAGUAACAAACUCAUCGCUCUCUGUGAUUGUUCGAGUGGAAACUCAGUUGGUGCACUUCACCUGCAUUCUAAAGAGCAGCUGAAACUGUUUCCUUUCGCAAAGAUCACGCCUUCAUCGGGCCACGACGCCCCUCAUGAUCACUUCGAUAUGCACACAAUCAUGAAAGAAAAGCGGAAUAUGGAUAUAGUUGCAGACACUGCGGAUAAAAGUCUGCCCAAGAUAGAAAUCGUCGCUGUCAGUAUGACUCGCGUUGACAGCAAAACUUGGAAUCAUGAAGCUGAACGCGCUGAAAAGCCGUUCCGCGUCAACGAGGUAGUCAACGUCCUUUGGAUAGAAUGGGAGAACGAUAUCGCCUAUCGAAGGGCUGCUGGCUAUGUUAGAAAACAGGACUGGCAACAGCUUGAACGUGAGGAUGUUGAUCUAGUCCUCGGCUAA